GAGCGGAAGAGGGAAGUGAAUCCGACUUUGGGCUGUGGGUUCGUGCUGUGGUAGAGGCAGAACCGAGAGGAGGCCUGUGCAGCCGGUCCGGAUCGGGGAUGUCGAAGAACACGGUGUCGUCGGCCCGCUUCCGGAAGGUGGACGUGGAUGAGUACGAUGAGAACAAGUUCGUAGACGAGGAAGACGGCGGCGAUGGUCAGGCCGGGCCCGACGAGGGCGAGGUGGACUCCUGCCUACGGCAAGGAAACAUGACAGCUGCUCUCCAGGCAGCUCUGAAAAACCCCCCUAUCAACACCAAGAGUCAGGCGGUGAAGGAUCGGGCUGGCAGCAUUGUCUUGAAGGUGCUCAUCUCUUUUAAAGCUAAUGACAUUGAAAAGGCCGUUCAAUCUCUGGACAAGAAUGGUGUGGAUCUCCUAAUGAAGUAUAUUUAUAAAGGCUUUGAGAGCCCAUCUGACAAUAGCAGUGCUAUGCUAUUGCAGUGGCAUGAAAAGGCACUUGCUGCUGGAGGAGUAGGGUCCAUCGUUCGUGUCUUGACUGCAAGGAAAACCGUGUAGUCCAGCUGGAACUGGAUAUCAGCCGUGGGAGUGGGAGUUGCUGGUACAAAGACCAAAACAACCAAAUGCCAUUGCUGCCCUGUGGGUAGCAUCUGUUUCUCUCAGCUUUGCCUUCUUGCUUCCUUUUUCAUAUCUGUAAAGAAGAAAACUACGUAUCAGUUUUCCUUUAAUGAAAAUUGGGAUAAUAUGCAGGAAAUUUUGUUUGACAGGAGUGUUUUCAUCCUCUCUUAACCAUUUCAAUGAUGUAUGUGUAAUUUACAUUCAAGUUUAAUUGUGCAAUUUUUAACCUCUAUUGACUGGUUUUUGUGUUGUUUUAUAUUAUUUUUAACUAAUACUGAGAUAUCUGAUCAGAAUUUGAGGCCAGUUUCCUAACUCAUUGCUAGUCAGGAAGUGAUCUUUAUUUUAAAAAAAGAAGAGAGAGAGACUGGCAGCUAUUAACAUUGCAAAACUGGACCAUGCUUCCCUUAUUUAAGCAAAAUGUGUUUCCGGAAUGAGUGGUAGAUGAACACCACUUUCAAUUUCCAACUUUAUUUCUGCUUGCCUCCAGAUGAUGCUGUGAGUUUAAAAAUGCUCAUUCCAUUCAACAUCCAGUUAUCAUGGCUUCUCAAUUUCUUUGUGGUCACCCAGGGUCCAGAGCAAGAAGUCUUGCUCUAUAUAUGAUGUAUAAAAUAUCAGAGCCUGUGGCGUAUGCACACCAGACUUUUCCAAUAAUACGACUCUGUUUGGGGAAACUACUCCAAAUCAGAAAGGCUGCAGAAACUACGAUGUAAUUCAAGCUGGGCAGCCUCUGAAUGAAAUACUAUUUUCUUUAGAAAUACAGUAGCUGCCUUAGACAUAAUGAGGUAUACAACAAGUAUUUGAUAUACAAUUUAAUAUGCCCUAUAAAUCUCUUCAGUGUUUUUCAGGGUAAUUGGAAUCUCCGAAGAUUUGGUUCAUAUCCAAGCAAAUAUACAUUCUGUAUUUCAGCUCAGUGUUUUUUAAGAAAAGAAAAUGCUGUACAACAAAAACUUGUUUACUUUGUUGGAUAAACCAAAUUGUUUCUCAAAACAUGACCGGUGCUUACAAAAAGUUAUUACAAAUUAACUCCAAAACAAACCACCUGAAUGCAUAUAACAAAGAGGGAAAUCAGCCUGUAUUUAGUAUUUACAUUGGAUACCAGUUUCAGAAUCACUGACUUAAGUGAGAACUGGUACAGAAAUUCUAUAUAAACUCUUUGCUGUUUUUUGAUACUUGCUUUUUGUUUUGUUUUGUUUUGUAAAAAUGAUAAACUUCAGAAAAUAAAAUGUUAAUGUUGAGUUUAUUUUUCUUACUUUAAUACUUACGAAUGUAUGAUCAGUUAAGAGGGACAUUUUCCUUGCGCUCCCAUUAUGUAUUGUACUCUGAGUGGAACUAAUUUGAUAGGACUUAUAAAACUAUACAAAUAUGAGGUAGUAGAGAAGUCAUUGGUGAUGUCAGAGUACUGCUGACAUCAUGCUGAGUGAAUCUGUAGCAUCACGACUCAAGUGUGCAAACUCACCAGCAGCUGCAGUCAUUUAUUCCAUCUUCUAAACUCUCCCAUCUCAAACCUAUUUCUUAUUGCUGUCUACAUAGAGCAAAUUCAGUUUGCUUUUCCACUACACCUGUCUAAAUUCCUACUUUAAAGCUUAAAAAGUUUUCAGGCAAUGCAGAGAGGGUUGAGUUAAGACAAGCUAAUCAGUAGGUUUUAGAGGUAAUCAAGUAGGUAUAGCAUAACCACUUCAUCUUUUUAAAAUGAAAAACCAAUAUUGUACUGCUUUUUUAUUGAUUCUUAAUAUGGCUUUCAUGACUAAAAUGUUGGGGAAAGU